GCUUCGCUCACCGAAACGGUAGGCUUAAAGAGACAACAGCGAAGCCGGGCUAGUCUUUAGUGGUGAAUUAAAUCACGUUUCAUAGCCUAAAUAAAGGACCAUGUCGCGGCACACUACAUAGGGGACUCACGCGCAGGGAUCAAGAGGACGAAAGCCUAUACUCCUGGAACCUGCUCAAGCUGCUGGUUCUGUCCACACAGCAGUGUUAGAUAAUGAAGAAUGUUCACUGUAUUACCCAGGACUGACUUCAAGGAAACCAUGAGGAGCACAAGGGGACGUUCACUUGUUGGGUUCCACUAGCAGGAAUUGUGUAUGUCAGUGUUGAGGAGUCUGUGUGGGUGGAUGUGUGUGUGCGUGCGUGUGCGUCUGUAUGUGUGCGUAUGCUAGCAUCACCUGCCUGCUUCAGGCAGUGACAUGUAACUCUGAGGACUACUGUACAGUAAAGGAUUCCCAUCCACCCAAGGAUUAAUGCAGGGUCGACACUUUUGGUGAUACCCAUCGCAUCUGCAGAAGACAUUACUUCCUGCUCCGCAGAAAUCACCUUUAUAUAGAUACUUUGAAACCUCUUGACCUGUUGUCUUCUGGCCACUGUCCCCACACAUUCCCUGGGGGUUGUUUUGAAACUUCUCUGUUUUGCAUGGCAGGGGAGUAACCGUGGAGAGGCCAGGGUAUCACAAGCUUAUGGAUUUUGAGAAGCGAGGUGGGAAGGGAGAGACAGAGGAAGUAAAAAAAAUGUCAAAACCAACUGGUAGUCGGACUGGGGGCCGGGGAACAGGGAACUCUGGGGUCCUCAUGGUCGGCCCCAACUUCAGGGUUGGGAAGAAAAUCGGCUGUGGAAACUUUGGUGAGCUGCGGCUGGGAAAAAACCUCUAUACAAAUGAAUAUGUGGCCAUCAAACUGGAGCCAAUCAAAUCAAGAGCGCCUCAACUCCAUUUGGAGUAUAGGUUUUAUAAACAGCUGGGAAAUUCAGAGGGAGUUCCUCAGGUCUUCUACUUCGGGCCUUGCGGCAAGUACAACGCUAUGGUUCUGGAGCUGCUUGGGCCCAGUCUGGAGGACCUGUUUGACCUCUGCGACCGCACUUUCUCCCUCAAGACCGUCCUAAUGAUAGCUGUUCAACUGAUAACACGGAUGGAGUUUGUUCACUCACGGAACUUGAUAUAUCGAGACGUCAAGCCAGAAAAUUUUUUAAUGGGGCGGCCGGGGUCCAAGAGGCAGCACACCAUUCAUAUCAUCGACUUCGGGCUUGCCAAAGAAUACAUAGACCCCGAGACCAAAAAACACAUCCCAUACCGAGAGCAUAAGAGCCUUACUGGCACUGCCCGGUAUAUGAGUAUCAACACACAUUUGGGAAAAGAACAAAGCAGAAGGGACGACCUAGAAGCACUGGGCCAUAUGUUUAUGUACUUCCUGAGAGGCAGUUUGCCCUGGCAGGGCUUGAAGGCGGACACAUUGAAAGAACGCUACCAGAAAAUUGGCGACACCAAGCGAGCCACACCGAUAGAAGUGCUAUGUGAAAGUUUCCCAGAAGAGAUGGCCACCUAUCUGAGAUAUGUGCGGCGACUGGACUUCUUCGAGAGACCGGAUUACGAAUACUUAAGGAAUCUCUUCAAAGACCUCUUCGACAAGAAUGGCUUUGUCUUCGAUUACGAGUACGACUGGGUCGGCAAGCCUCUUCCUACACCUAUAGGCCCAAUCCCCACAGACACACCCCAGCCUAGCAGAGACAAAGCACAACCGCAGACUAAAAACCAGGUCAUGAGCUCCACAAACGGAGAGCUGAACACAGAUGACCCGACUGCAGGACACUCCAACGCCCCCAUCACUGCACCUGCUGAGGUAGAGGUGGCAGACGACACAAAGUGCUGUUGUUUUUUUAAGCGGAGAAAGAGGAAAGCUCUUCAGAGGCACAAGUGAAGCGCUCGUGGAAAAGAACUUGAAACAUUCUGGUCACUGUUAAGUUUAAAAUGCAAGCAAAUACACAAAUCUCUCUCUCUUUCUGUCUUUCUCUAUAUCUCUCUCUCUCUCUCUUCCCAUCACACUUUCUUUCAUAGAUGCUUCACCACUUAUUGGAGUGCAAAGGAAUGUUGUUGACUGUCCAACAGACUCUGGUUCCUUCCUUAAAAAAAAAAAGAAGAAAUGAAGAUGCAUAGGAUGUGUAAAAAUGAAAUCACACAUAAACGCUCAAAAAGAAUGAGAUGAUACGAGAGUGAUUAAUGAUACAAGACCACAGUGGUGUGAACUAAAAAAGAGGCUGUUUGAAACAGCUGAUGUGUUUCUAGAUUCCAUGCAGAGUGUUUAUUGUUCAUUGAUCAGGGGACAAAAUAUCAGUGAGCUGAUGAUUUAAGUUUUCUUAGAAAUAGUUCUUAUUUGUGACAAAACGUGAGGGCAGGAGUUGCCUCCGCACUGGGAAAGAGUCACCAAAUUACAAUAACAGGACGCAUUUCAUCUCAACCAGACUCUGGACUCUUUUUUUUUUUUCCCCCAAUUGUAAUUAUUAUAAUUUUUUUAUGAUUUACAGGAAUCUUUCAGUUGUAAAGCAGUUGUAGUGUCCUGGAAAUGCUUUAUUUCUGUCCUUUAUUUUUGUCUUGUUUUUUUUUUUUCCCAUAUAAAUUCUUCCGUUUUUUUCUUCUGUCAUUGUGGACUUUGUAGCACAGUUACUGGCCUCAGGUACUGUGGGGGACGGAGAAACAAAUGGAUAUUAUUCUCUUGUCAUUGUUGUUAAUGCACUUUUGGAAAACAAAGUAGAAGACAACAACUGUGGGCUUGAAUUAAAAUGAUGAGAUAAAUGUCAGACUAUAUGAACUGACGUGGGAGCGCUCCCGCAACAGGGCUGAUAUCUGUUCAAGGACCGUUUAAAAAAAGAAGAAGAAAUGUACUUCAGUUUUAUUUCUCACAUCAAAAUUUAUUUACCAGGAAAUCAUAGUUUGUGCCUUUCCAAGUAAAAUGUUUAAGAUUUAA